AUGACCUUCCUAGAUCAGCCAGGCCAAAUCAUAAACUGGUUUGUUUGCUCGCUGUGCACCCCAUGGGUGCUGAGGUUCUGCAGGGGCAGGCGUCCCAGGACCAGGAGGAAUCUGCUGCUGGGUGUAGCCUGUGUGCUAUACCUGGGGUUUCUGGUCAGUCAAGUGGGUCACAUUUUACCCCAGCACAGAGGGGGACGCCAGAAGAUCAGUUCCAGGAGUCUUCAAGAUGCUGGUCAGACACCUUUUCUGGGGAUCCCACUGGAUGGCACUUUGUCCCCACCUGAUCUCCAAGGGUCCCAGAUGGCUGGCAAUGGGACCUCAGUGCCACCCAACGUGGUGUACAUCACACUGCGGUCCAAGCGCAGUAAACCCACCAACAUCCGAGGCAGCGUGAAACCCAAGCUCAGGAAGAAGCAUGCAUUCCCUUUGCCCUAUGGGCAGCGCUUUCCAGUAGGUGUCACUGGGCAGGAGGAGGCCUUGUCCCAGCAGCAGGGGCGGACUAGCUACUCCAUGGGCAUAAUGAGGGCAGCAGUAGUUCCAGAGACACCAAGGCACCAACUGAAGAAGCACUGGGAUGGAGAGAGGGAGGCAGUGGGCAGGGGACACCGAAGGCAUAUUGGGGUUUCAGGAGGUGUAAAUGUACAGCCCCAGGCUCGGGAGAGUAAUAUCAGGAUAUACAGUGAGAGGUCCCCCUCUUGGCUGAGCAAAGAUGACAUCCUAAGCAUGCGUUUGCUGGCAGAUUCCCGGAUAGGCAGUAUCCGAGAAGCACCCUCUCAGCAUGGAGUCCUACUGGUGUUUGAGAGGAAUCCCAGUGCCACAGGAGCAGCUUGCAGUCAAGGGUACUGUGGCCUCAUCAAGAGACCCCUUGAUAUGAGCGAGGUGUUUGCCUUCCAUUUAGACAGGAUCUUGGGGCUGAACAAGACCUUGCCUUCUGUAAGCAGGAAAUCGGAGUUCAUCCAAGAUGGUCUGCCAUGUCCUGUUAUUCUCUGGGAUUCCUCAUUGGCUCCGACAAAUAAUAGGACCCAUUCUUCAGUGAGGCUAAAUUGGGGGGCCUAUCAGCAGCUAUUGAAACAGAAGUGCUGGCAGAAUGGCAAAGUGCCCAAAGCUGAGUGGGGCUGUACUGAGAUCCAUCACCAUGAGUGGUCCAAGAUGGCACUCUUUGAUUUUCUUCUGCAGAUCUACGAUCGACUGGACAGAAAUUGCUGUGGGUUCAAACCUCGCAAGGAGGAUUCCUGUGUUCAGAAAGGACUGAAGCUGAAAUGUGAAGAUCAAGAUUCUGUUGACCUGACACACAUUAUUCAGAGAAGGCAUGACCCUAGGCACUUGGUCUUUAUAGAUAAUAAAGGUUUCUUUGACAGAAGCGAAGACAAUCUGGAUUUCAAAAUAUUACAAGGAAUCAAAGAGUUCCCUGAAUCUGCAAUUUCAGUGCUGAAAAGCCAACGCUUGCGAGAGAAGCUUCUUCAGUCUCUGUUCCUUGACAAAGUAUAUUGGGAGAGCCAAGGAGGUCGCCGAGGAAUUGAAAAACUUAUUGAUGUGGUAGAAAGGCGUGCCAAAAUUCUUCUUACCUAUAUAAAUGCACAUGGAGCCAAAGUAUCACCCAUGAGUGAAUGAAAGUCUUUUUUCCCCCUAACUCUAAGAAUUACAGUUAUAUAAGGCAAGAACUGGUGGCAAAAUUGCUUUUUCUUUUAAAAUUCUUUUAAUUUCCAAAACAUAACAGUAACCAGGUAAGCCUGGGUUUUUUUAGACAUUUGAAAAAAAUGUUAUAUAGUAUAAAAGUGCCAGUUCUCUAACUUUCUCUAAAAUCAUUCUUAAAUGCAUUUAUUGCUGUGUUCUUCUAACAAAGAUGUCUAAGCAGUGUAAUAAACAAUGCAAUAAUU